UCAAGGUCAGCUUUCUCUUUUUAAACGGAACUACAAUCUUUUUAAAUACCCUCGCUGGAAAUCAUUUUCUUGGACCUGUUGAGGCAGGAUUUAUUACAGUCGCGUAAAUUCCUCGGUUCUAAAGUAAAUUUCCCUUCCAAAAUAAUUUUCAACUCAUUGUUCCCUUAUAAUCAUAACAAAAUAAACACACAAUUUUUAUAGGUUAUAACGAAACCUAUUUCUAUCGUUAGACUCGCGUCUUUAAUAUUGUACGUCACUAAUACGUUGUUUCAUUUCUUUUUAUAAAAAACAUUUAAUCGUCGAAUGUUUAUGAAAUUUAUUAAUUUUUUUAAUGAUUUUAACUAUUCGAGUAGGUAACAUUGGAGGGUUGAAUUGUCUAUAGGGAACGGUACAUGGUUUCGUAAACAAGUGAACAGUGCCAUCGGAAGCAGUAUGGUGUUACACCUUGUCACUUAUUUAAAUACGUUGACCUUGUCCAGAAUUAAUUACCUUGUUAUCAGUAUCACGAAAAUAAUCGUCAAACGUGACAUGCUUCUUUCAACGGGAUACAAAGGUCAGAAGCGAGGUGGAUCAUCAAAAUUGUGGAAAGAGUUGACAUAAGUCAUUUACCGCGCGAGCUGUUGACACGAUUGAUUGAAAGAUGAAGAACGGAAAUCAGAUUGUCGCAGAGGCCUUUAAAGAGCAGGGCGUGGAGUAUGUCUUCGGAAUCAUGGGACACCCUGUGAUCGACCUAGCGCUACAGAUGCAGGCCGUGGGUCUUCAAUACCUCGGUUUCCGAAACGAGCAGGCUGCCUGCUACGCCGCCCAGGCAUACGGAUAUCUGACCAGAAAACCAGCGGUCGUGCUGUGUGUUUCCGGGCCAGGAUUGCUCCACGUUAUCGGCGGAAUGGCCAAUGCUCAAGUGAACUGCUGGCCACUCAUUGUAGUUGGUGGAUCCUGCCCCGAGGAUCAUGAGGGUAUCGGCGGGUUCCAGGAGUGGCCACAGGUAGAAGCCAGUAAACCCAAUUGCAAAUACGCCGCCAGACCGCCGCUGGCCGCGCUGAUACCGCUUCACGUGGAAAAAGCCGUUCGCCUCUCUACUUACGGCCGACCAGGGGUAGCAUACCUGGACUUCCCGGCCACUGUGCUGAAGCAGACCGUCGACGAAGGGAAAAUAUACAAAGUUUCGCGUUGCCCUCCGCCGCCAUUGAUAUUUCCCGACCGUCAAUUGAUACAAGAAGCAGCCAAUUUGCUGAUGAAAGCGAAGAGACCACUGUUAAUCAUCGGGAAAGGAGCUGCUUAUGGCAGAGCGGAGAAAGAAAUUCGCAGCCUUGUGUAUUCGACUGGUAUUCCUUUCCUUCCAACGCCAAUGGGAAAGGGCGUUGUACCGGAUACGGAUGAACGAUGCGUUUCUAGCGCGAGAACUUUCGCGUUGCAACAGAGCGACGUUAUAUUGUUAUUGGGCGCACGAUUAAACUGGAUGUUACAUUUUGGCAAACCGCCUCGUUUUCAGUCUAACGUGAAAGUCAUACAGGUCGACAUAUGUCCAGAAGAACUGCACAAUUCUGUUCCCUCUGCAGUCGCGAUCCAGUCUGAUGUGUCCACCGCUGUGGAGUGCCUUGAUAACACAUUGAAAACUCGCAGUUGGUUUGUUGAGAAGAGCAAUCCAUGGUGGAAAGACCUUCUAGCUAAGUCAAUGAAAAACAGAGAAACGGUUCAUGCAAUGUCGAUGGAUAUUUCUGUGCCUUUAAAUUAUUAUACUGUGUUCAAGCAUAUUCAGGAUAUUAUUCCACAGAAUUGUAUCAUUUGCUCAGAAGGAGCUAACACAAUGGAUAUUGGGAAAACAAUGUUGUUAAAUGACGAACCUCGACACAGAUUAGAUGCAGCCACUUUUGGUACGAUGGGGGUAGGUUUAGGUUUCGCUAUAGCGGCUGCACUUUAUUGCAAGAACAAUGCACCCACCAAAAGGGUCAUUUGCGUAGAAGGCGAUAGUGCUUUUGGAUUCUCUGGCAUGGAAAUUGAAACAAUGUUUCGAUACAAGUUGCCUAUCAUUAUUAUUAUUGUAAAUAAUAACGGUAUCUAUGGUGGAUUAGAUACCGAAACGUUCAGGCAGUUACAAGCGUCUGGAGAGCCUACACAGGUAACACCACCGUAUUCAUUAACAUCUGAAACACAUUAUGAAAAGAUGAUGGGAAUGUUUGGCCGGAAAGGAUAUUUCUGCACAACUGUUCAAGAUAUUCAACAAGCAGUAAAAGCAUGUCUCCAGGUACACGAUGCUCCCAGUCUAAUAAAUAUUAUGAUCAACCCUCAAGCUGAUCGCAAGGAACAGAAGUUUAGCUGGUUAACAGAAUCAAAACUUUAAAUUUGUUCAAGAUUCUAAAAGAAUUUCUUGUUGAAACAGAAGGUUAAUGUACUACUUAGACUAUAAAUUUUAUACAUUUAAUUGUAAGUGUAAACACUGAAAUCAAUUUAUAAAAAUAUGAAUUUCUAUAAACAUCUAUAUUCUAGUUACAUAAAAAUAUAUUUUUGUUGAAGUAAA